AUGUCUGAUCCAGAUACCGUAAUUGAACAACAAGCCGUAGAUAAUCAACAAGAUACUAGAGGCGCAGCGGCACAACCAACGAAGACAGAACCUCCACCAUCAACAAUUCCGAAAGUUGUAAUCAGCGAGACUGAAGGUGAAGCCAACAUCCCGAGUACUCAACGAAUUCAGCACAUCAAGAGGAGAUACUCGGAGGUGAUAGGGCAACCCGCUGCAGGUCUCACUGUGCAUCAAGAGAUUCUACUGAGGCAGCUAAAUUUCAGAGUGGAGAGCAUCACCCACAUUUAUAAGGAGCUCACCACCACGAUCAUGAAUGACGAGGACGUCACCGUGGAAGAGCUGGAUGGUCAGAAAGAAAUCCUUGAGACCUACUGGGCAGAGUUUCUCUCGCAGCAGGGAGGCAUAAUCGACUAUCUCCCUCACGAUCAUCCCUACUUGACUGAAGGAAUCUUCGAACAGACAGCUGCCACAAAGGAGCAAAGUGUAAAGCUCAUCAGUAAGCUGAAAGUUCGGCUGUCGAAGAAAACUCAACCAGCAAGCAAUUCACCAGGCCAUGAACACCCAGACAAGCUCAAACGUCUGGAUUUGAAGGUUUUCGACGGCACCCCAUCCCAGUGGAAGCAAUUCAGAGAUCUCUUCACCUCGCUGGUCGGUAGCAAACCAAAAAUCGCACCAGUGGAGAAGUUGAUUAGGCUCAAAAGCAGCCUCAGAGGACCUCCAGCUACUCUCAUAUCGACAUUGGACAUCAACGACCAGAAUUAUGAAAAGGCUUGGCAGAAGCUCAAGGCGAAAUACGAUGAUCCAAGAUUGGUGGCUCAGUACCUGUUCAAUCGAAUACUGGAGCUACCAAAAAUCACCAAGGCAACUCAGGAGAAACUCAAUCACAACACAGCAGCAGCAGUCGAGUCGCUAGACCAGCUACGAGAGGUAGUCGGUCUCUCAGAUGCGAACUUGAUUGAACAGAUGAUCGCCUACUUGGUGAGGAGAUCAUUAGAUGCAGAAACCCUCAAGCAGUGGGAAUUGAAACUGGGAGACUCCAGAGACUUUCCCAGUCUGAAGGAAUUCGUCGGAUUCGUCGAAGCCUGCGGCAGAGGAAUCAACGCAGGAUCAGAGCUUCAUGCAACACAGGAAACCAACAUCGCCGACAGGAAAUCACUGAAGAAGAAGAAGAGCUCUUACGCAGCAGCUACUCAACAAGACAGCAACGCUGAGAGGCUUCUUCCGAGAAACUGUUGUGCCAUGCGUAAGGAAAAACACUUUAUCGCUGAGUGCCAGAAAUUCAGGGAGUUGCCCCCAGUAAAGAGGAACAGCGUGGUCAUAAGCAAUGGCCUCUGCUUCAGCUGUCUGGGACCUCACCGAAAGACGAAGUGUUUCUCAACGAAAAGAUGUCAACAAUGUCAGGGCAACCACCACACUUUAAUUCAUGGAGGAAGCGAGUACACCAACGCUCCACCACGAACUCGACGUGACUUGGAAUCAACAGAUGUCCCUGCAUCAGCAAAAGUCGAUCCAGGGCAGAGUACAGACAAGAUCACGACUCGACCCAGUACAUCAACGGCAACAGUCAACCUCAACAACCAGCGGACCAGUGAGAAUGCAGAAACAACUCAACAAGAAGCAGAUCAGCAAUCAGUGCUGUUAGCAACAGCACAAGUCAAAGUGAAAUCCCCAAAAGGAUUCAUCAGCAGAGCCAGAGUACUAAUUCAUCAAGGAUUAGAGGUGUCAUUUAUCUCUGAGAAAUUAGUACAUCAACUGCACCUCACAAGAACAACAGAAACGUUGGAAUUAAUAGGAAUUGGCGGAGUCAAUUCAGGCCACACAAGAGGAAGGGUGUCGAUGACGCUACAAGCAAUCAACGGGCCCCAGCAAGUAAAACUCAACGCCCACGUCUUGAAGAAACUCACAGCACUUCUGCCAUCAUUCUCCUGUGAAUCAGUCGAAAUCGGCUCACUAGAAAAUCUUCAACUAGCUGAUCAAAAGUAUCUCCAGCCUGGACCAAUAGAUAUAAUAAUAGGGGCUGACAACUACGGGCAGAUAAUUAAAGAUGAAGUUGUCAAUCGCUCAACGAGGGUCUCCCUAUCAGCUGUACGGGAAUCUUCAAAUGAACGACUACUAGAGCUUCUACAAAGGUUUUGGGUCCAGGAAGAAUUACCAGUCCAACGUUCAGACAACUCAGAGCUAUCACAAGACGAGCUGGAGUGUGAAAAACACUUCAGAUCAACACAGAGCAGAGAUUCAAUAGGGCGUUACAUUGUGAGGCUCCCAUUGAAAACGUCAGCAGAAGCGCUCGGGGAGUCAAAGUUCAAGGCUUCACGACAGCUCAAAUCAACAGUCAGCAAACUCAACAACAAUCAGGAAUAUGCCCAGCUCUACAAGGAGUUCAUCAACGAGUACGAGGCUUUGGGACAUAUGCAGAGAGCACCCGAUUCUCCAGAACCUACCCCAGCCUAUUAUCUGCCACACCACGGGGUUCUGAGAGAAGAGGCCAUCACCACAAAGCUGAGAGUCAUUUUCAACGGCUCCAGUCCCAGCUCAUCAGGUAUGUCACUCAAUGAUAUAUUAUAUCCUGGUGGAAAAUUGCAGAUUAACGCCAUGGACGUCUUGACAUGGAUGAGAAAGCACAGACUCGUGUUUGGCACCGACAUCGUCAAGAUAUUUAGACAGAUACGACAACAAAUCUCCUAUCAGCUAACCACAGUCACCUACGGUCUCAACUAUUCUCCAUGGCUAUCUCUGAGAGUUCUUCAACAAUUAGCGGAGGAUGAGGGUCACCGCUUCUCAGCAGCCGUCGAGACAAUCACCAGAGGUCGGUAUGUUGACGACAUCUACGGCGGAGCUGAGUCAGCAGCAGAACUCAAGGAGAUAGUCUGGCAAUUACAAGGACUCUGUCAGGCUGGAGGCUUCGCUCUUCAGAAAUGGAGCAGCAAUUGCCCACGGCUAUUGCACAAGCUCGGAUUAUCAACAGAGGAAGCCGUAAUCCAGUUUGAAGAAUCAGUCACCAAAGUUCUUGGAAUGUGUUCGCAUCAGUCGUCCGACACAUUCAGUUAUAAAUCCAGAGACUUCAACAUACAGACGAUCACCAAGAGGGUUGUAUCUUCAGAGAUAGCUCAGAUUUUCGAUCCUUUGGGCUUCAUCGCUCCAGUCGUCGUAAAAGGGAAAAUUCUCCUACAGGAUCACUGGAAACUCAAAUGUAAUUGUGAUGACCCCCUCCCCACGGAGUACACUCAGCGAUGGGAGUCAUUUCGUCAGGAACUCACAGAAUUGGAUAAAGUUGCUGUACCCAGAUGGCUCAAUUUAUCAUCAAAAGAAAAUAACAUUCAAUUACACGGAUUCGCAGAUGCUUCAACCGUAGCUAUGAGUACAGUGGUGUACAUAUGCACCAAGAACAUCAACGAGCCAGCUUCAACAGUGAUGGUCUGCGCGAAGACAAAGGUAGCACCGAUCAAGCGCAUGACUAUUCCAAGAUUAGAGCUUACAGCAGCUCUCUUGUUAACAUAA